GUGGCCCAGAUCGUGGGGACGGCGCAGGCGGUUCAGAGCCUUGUAGUUUUCACCUUCGCGUCGCCCGGCAUCAGCCGCUUCAUGAGGAUGCAAUGCGAGCGCUUGCAGGUCCCGUACGCGGACUUCUUCCAGCCGGUGCUCAUGGCUUUUGA